AUGCUCCUUGUUCCUCUGCUCCUCCUGGCAAGCACGGCGUUGGCCGCCACGCCGACCGUGUACUUUAUUCGCCAUGGCGAGAAGCCAGCCGAUGACGAUGAGACGGGUUUGAGUACACAGGGCCAACAACGCGCACAAUGCUUGCGGAGCGUCUUUGGCGCUACCUCGGCGUACAAUAUUGGACAUAUCAUGGCUCAAACGCCGCUCGCAAAUGGCAAGCGUCAGAGACCAUACGAUACUGUUCUGCCACUUGCUACAGACUUGGGUUUGACGGUAGAUACCACCUGUGAUCGCGACGAUGAGGACUGCGUUGCCAACGUAGUCAAAAACUACAGCGGAAGUGGCAACAUUUUGAUCUGCUGGGAACACAAACAACUAAAUAACCUUGCCGAGGCUCUUGGUGCCGACAAUGUCGAUGGUUAUCCCGACGACUCUUACAACUUGAUCUGGACGGACCCAUAUAACUGGACAGAGAUCACGGAUGUCACAUCGGAAAAUUGCGCGGGACUGGACAACUAA